CAACCCCCGGGGCAUUAAAACCCCUUUAAAACACAUCUUAUGAGGGGGGAGCCCCCUGAAGCCUCCCGUUUCCCCCUCCUGACACUGCUGCGGGUGGCGUCAGUCCUGGGCACGGCCUGGCUGCGGGCUCUGGGAGGGUGUUCUCCCAGUAAAAGCCCUCCAAGAGCACAAACGUUGUGUGUCGGUGAGCAUCUGGGUGCUGGAUGUUAAAACAAGUUCCCCCCGGGAGCCAGGCACUUGAGAUUAUUUUGCCGUGGCUUGGUGACUUGUGUCUGAAAAAGAGCCUGAGUGCCAGGAAAGAGGCUUUCUUCAAGUCCUUGCUACUUCUAAAAUUAGCUUACUUUCUCUUUUUUUUUUUUAUGUUAUUAGGUAUCCUAAAAGCUUUUAGCAGCUGAAACCCCGCUGCCUGCUUUUUGGCAGCUCCCGGCGCGCCGUCCAGCUGGUUGUUGGUAAAUGCCUGUAUCGACGUGCGAGAGGCAGGCGAAAGUGCGAGAACACACCCCUACAAUCACAGAGAGAAUUUGUUGCACUCUUCAUGACUGCUUGACCCACCAACAGGGAGCGAAUACGCUUACGAGACAGGAUGUUUCGUCUUCGAUUUCUUCCUGUCGCAGCAGGGCUGGCUGCUGUUUCGCGGCGUUACCACGGGGCAGCACAUCACCCCAGGACCAGGCGUAGGCUCGUGGUGGCGGCUUUCAUAGGGACGACUGCGGUGACAGCAAGCGCCAGGCUCCUUUGGCAGAGAGCCUAUGCAGAAGAGUCAUCCUCCGUGAAACACGACACGAGGACAGAGCCCAGCGAGAAGGCGAAGCACCCUGAGGAGGAGGAGAGCAGUGGCGAUGAGGGUGGAAAGGCCGUCGCCUCGGGCAGCGAGGAGGCUCAGGCAGAGGGCAAGAAGAAGAAACGUUCGGGCUUCAGGGACCGCAAGGUGAUGGAGUAUGAGAACAGGAUCAGAGCCUACUCCACGCCAGACAAAAUCUUCCGAUACUUCGCCACUUUGAAAGUGAUAAAUGAGCACGGCGAAUCUGAGGUUUUCAUGACGCCGCAGGAUUUCGUGAGAUCGAUAACACCUAAUGAAAAACAACCAGAAAAUCUGGGGCUGGAUCAGUUCAUAGUGAAGCGCUAUGAUGGGAAGAUACGGGUUAAGUUUUCAUCUAAAUUAUUAGCUGAGCUCCUUCCCAAUCUGCAGCCCCACGAAAUGAAGUUGUCCCAGGAGCGAGAGAAGUUUGCUGAUGAAGACAGCAUCUUCUAUGCACUCGGAGAAUGCGGACUCAUUUCUUUUUCUGACUACAUUUUCCUCACGACAGUCCUGUCCACUCCCCAGAGGAAUUUUGAAAUCGCCUUCAAGAUGUUUGACCUGAACGGUGAUGGCGAAGUGGACAUGGAAGAGUUCGAGCAGGUCCAGAGCAUCAUUCGCUCCCAAACCAGCAUGGGGAUGCGCCACAGGGACCGGUCAACCACCGGGAACACCCUGAAGACCGGCUUCAACUCUGCGCUGACGACGUACUUCUUCGGGGCGGAUCUGAAGGGGAAGCUCACCAUCUCCCACUUCCUCGAAUUCCAGCGCAAGCUGCAGCACGAUAUCCUCAAACUGGAGCCCAGAAAUCGCACACCAAGUGCGUCUGCUGCCUACAGGAGGGAGUCGCUAACAGGCGCCAACCCUGCUGUCGAUGAGUUUCUGUGUGUGCCGUAGGAAACAAUACCUGCA